AUGUCAUCACCAAAAUGGAAAUGCUCCCCGCGGAUAUUUCCGACUUCGGAAUUUCAGCUUCUUGACCCGGGAAUUAAGAUUGAGGAAGAAAGACUGCCAACAUAUUUUCCCGAAAAAUACUAUCCUGUCCGGCAGGGAGAAAUAUUCAACGACAGAUACCAAGCCAUCGCUAAAGUAGGGUUCGGGGUGACUUCUACUGUUUGGUUCGCUCGUGACUUGGCUGAAUCUACGAAUGUCAUCCUAAAGAUAUAUGUCUCCGGCCAAGGGAGAGACCAUGAACUCAACGUCUAUAAACACAUCAACUCUAUCGACACAGACCAUCCUGGCAAGAAGUAUAUCCGCAAGCUACUAGACUAUUUUUACAUAAUUAACACUCAAGGCCGCCAUCUUUGUCUGGUCCACCAAGCUCUUGGGAUGAAUACAUCCGAUCUCCUGCAGCUCAAAAAUGGCCACCGAAUGACCCUCGAAGGAAUGAAACCGGCCAUUCGCCAACUUCUCGGUGCCCUAGAUUUUCUACACUCCGUGGCACACGUCAUACACACAGAUUUACAACUUAGGAAUCUCCUCCUCCCUGCACCUUCGCCCGAGGUGCUGUCUGAACUCGAAGAGCAAAUCUCUUCCAAGCCAGCUCCGAGGAAGGUUCUACAAGAUCGAACGAUCUAUACGAGCUCACCUUUUCCUGCCGGAGAUGGUCUUCCUCUUCUCGGUGACUUGGGCGAGGCCCGCUUUGCUGAAGAGGAACAGUGUGAUAAUAUCAUGCCGGACUACUAUCGCGCCCCUGAAGUGAUCCUCAAAUCCAAUUGGGAUUAUAAGGUGGAUAUUUGGAGUGUUGGAAUGGUGGCCUGGGACAUUGUCAGCCCCAAGACGAUCAUCGAUGGCAAGAUUGUAGACGACACUUGGGACGACGGAGCUCAUAUUGCAGAACUUGUAGCAUUGCUUGGGCCCCCAUCACCCGAAUUCGUGAAAAGAGCGAACAUGAGCUGGAAGCUAGCCGCCGAAAUCCAAGGUGAGGAUGUCGAGGGGUUUCUGAGAUGGUUGCGAUUGGCCUUGCAGUGGAAUCCAGAGGAUCGCCCGACCGCUAUAGAAGGUCUGGUUGAUGAAAGGACUUAA